GGGGCUAAGCGUUCAAAUGGCAGUAUAACCUUCGCGAUAUGUUUUUGUUGUAACGGUCGAUCGUGAAACCUGAAUUCCGGCUCCGUUCGGCUCUAGCCGCAUCAAUCGACGGCCAGUUGGACUGUCUAGGCAGAUGCUAGUUGAUAUCAGCCCCACAAGUGUGCUCGUUUUCUACUCAAAUCAGAAUCGUGUUCUGAGCAGUGAGGAUGGCGGUGAAGUUUAGUGUGCGAAUUGCAACGAAAGCUGUGAUAAUUCUACAAUUAUUUGCAUUGGUUGUUGCCAGCUAUGGACGUUUGCGCCACAGCUCAGAGGAAAACUUAAGUCUGGAAAACACGGCUGAAGACAGCCCACCCUCUACGGUACAACGUCCCUUACGGCAGCACGUUCGGCAAAGUCUGUUCCAAGGUCCCGGAGCUCCAACUGGCUAUGGCAUAGGUUAUCCCGGGGGUUAUGGACCGAAUCAUUACUUGUAUGCACCCGCUCCUACACACCGCCAAACUCCACCACCAACUCCGCCACCACCGGGUCCUUCCCGGGGUGGUUUUCAUCACGAGGACGAUGAUUACUUUGAUGGUCACCACCACGGCCAUCAUGGCCACAGACAUAGACAGGGAACCAAACAUGAGUAUGGGCAUUAUCAUGACGACGCUCAUGACCAUGGGCAUGGCCACGAUUAUGGCCACGGACAUGGCAAUGGGCAUAAUUACGGAACCGGUUCAAACUAUGCACACGGAAACGGCUACUACAACUGGCCACUCCAACUACACGGUUCUUCUUCUAAUGGUCGCCGUCCAAUCCCUUCUGCAAAACCAACGAAAAGCAUUACGGCUACAACUACUACAGAGGCUGCUGCGACACCUCCUGCUAUUCCAGCUCCAGUUCCUGCAGUACCAAUUUCGCAGAGUACGGGAUCUACACCAACAAGACCUACAACAACUCAGGCAACUACUACCGAAGAGGUCACCUACGAUGUUGACCUCCGUGGAGAAUUUAGAACUAAGUCUGUUUAAAACCAACAGCAACGAUUUUCAUAUCUACUCUAGAAUUAACCAUACAUAUAUGAACUCCAACAGGUCCUAAGGUGCGUACACACUGUGACGGAGCUUGCAUGUUGUUUUUUUUCCCACUCACACUAGUUGGGAGAAAGUUGCGCAGCUGCAAAGCAGAUGUCCUACUUGUGUGUACGCACCUUCACCUUAACAUGAUGCGGCAAUCAAAUAACUGUAACACCUAAGAUUUUAUUGUUGAAUCAGUUUGCAAUAAACAUUUGACUACUUUUCUUACUUAAA